UCCUUUCCGCCUUCAACAAACCAAUCACACAAGAAAUUUGGUUAAAAUUAUCACACCAUAAACUGUUCUCCAUUUCUUCCUGUUAAGCUGCUCUUUAGUAUCCAAUGGCGGCAUCAGUCCACAACCGCCAGUUCCACCUCGAACCAUCCUUAAAUGGCGUCGUUCGGUUCAAAUCAGGUCCAACCCACCGGUCUGACUCUCCCGUUCGUACCUUCAACUUUACCCCAGAUUUUACCCGCUCCAACCAGAAACCGGAUCCUUAUACAAUGGAGGAAGAUUACUCCAGCGACGAUGAAGCUGAUUAUAAGGAUCUAAUCAGAAAGGGAAAUAGCGAGUUAGAGCCAUCGAUUCUCGACCCACGAGACGAAGGAACUGCUGAUAACUGGGUGGAGCGUAACCCUUCAAUGAUCCGACUCACAGGGAAACAUCCCUUUAACUGUGAAGCCCCCUUGUCCAUGCUCAUGCAUCACGGGUUCAUAACCCCAGUCCCGCUCCACUACGUCCGCAGCCACGGUGCGGUUCCUAAGACGAGUUGGAGUGACUGGACCGUUGAGAUUUGCGGGUUAGUGAAAAGACCAAUCCGGUUCACCAUGAACCAGCUAGUGAAUGAGUUCCCAAGCCGUGAAUUCCCAGUGACCCUGGUUUGCGCGGGCAAUAGACGAAAAGAACAAAACAUGGUGAAGCAAACCAUCGGUUUUAACUGGGGAGCAGGAGGAGUAUCCACUUCUGUGUGGCGCGGUGUACCUUUACAUUUGAUACUGAAGCGAUGUGGAAUCUACAGCCGCAAGAAAGGGGCCCUGAAUGUGUGCUUUGAAGGAGCGGAGGAUCUUCCAGGUGGAGGUGGGUCCAAGUAUGGAACCAGCAUCAGGAAAGAGUAUGCCAUGGAUCCAGCGCGUGAUAUAAUCCUGGCUUACAUGCAAAACGGUGAGCUUUUGUCUCCUGACCAUGGAUACCCAGUGAGGAUGAUUAUUCCUGGCUUCAUCGGUGGCCGUAUGGUUAAAUGGUUAAAGAGAAUUAUCGUUACCACCAAAGAAUCUGAAAGUUAUUAUCAUUACAAGGACAACAGAGUUCUGCCUUCCCAUGUUGAUGCUGAGCUUGCUAAUGCUGAAGGAUGGUGGUAUAAACCGGAAUAUAUCAUCAACGAGUUGAAUAUAAAUUCGGUGAUAACGACACCGACUCAUGAAGAGAUCUUGCCUAUUAAUUCGUGGACUACUCAGAGGCCAUACAGGUUGAAGGGUUACGCAUAUUCAGGUGGUGGGAAGAAAGUGACGCGUGUCGAGGUGACCAUGGAUGGUGGGGAAACGUGGCAAGUUUGCACUUUGGACCAUCCUGAGAAACCUAACAAGUAUGGCAAAUACUGGUGCUGGUGCUUCUGGUCCCUGGAGGUUGAGGUUCUGGACUUGCUUGGAGCCAAAGAGAUUGCUGUUAGAGCCUGGGAUCAGGCCCUUAGCACCCAACCCGAGAAGCUCAUCUGGAACGUCAUGGGAAUGAUGAACAACUGCUGGUUCCGGGUGAAAACAAAUGUGUGCAAGAGACACAAGGGUGAGAUUGGAAUUGUGUUCGAACACCCAACCGUACCUGCCAAUCAGUCGGGCGGGUGGAUGGCCAAGGAAAGACAUCUUGAGAUAUUAUCAGAAAACAACCAAACACUCAAGAAGAGUGUCUCAACACCCUUCAUGAACACUUCCUUGAACACCUUUUCCAUGGCUGAGGUCAAGAAACACAACUCCGCCGAUUCUUGCUGGAUUAUCGUCCAUGGCCACGUCUAUGACUGCACCCACUUCCUUAAAGACCACCCCGGCGGCACUGAUAGCAUUCUCAUCAAUGCAGGCACCGACUGCACUGAAGAAUUCGACGCCAUACACUCUGAUAAAGCCAAGAAAAUGCUGGAGGAUUAUCGGAUUGGAGAGUUAGUGGAUUCCACAGCUUAUACUUCUGAUUCGAAUGCCUCAUCUCCUAACAUCUCAGUGCAUGGUGCAUCCGAUAUGUCACAGACACAUUUAGCUCCUAUUACGGAAAUCGCACCGAUCAAAGAAGUUGUGCCUGCGGUGAGAAAUGUUGCUCUUGUUGCACGUGAAAAAAUUCCAUGCAAGCUCGUAAAAAAAGAGUCUCUUUCCCACGACGUGCGUCUCUUUCGAUUUGCAUUACCAUCAGAGGAUCAAGUGUUAGGGUUACCUGUAGGGAAGCACAUUUUCUUGUGUGCCAACGUUGAUGAAAAGCUGUGCAUGCGAGCCUACACACCAACAAGCACCAUUGAAGCAGUGGGGCACUUUGAUCUUGUGAUCAAGGUUUAUUUCAAGGGUGUGCACCCAAAGUUUCCUAAUGGAGGGCUAAUGUCUCAGUACCUUGACUCACUGUCACUGGGGUCUACCAUAGACGUCAAAGGUCCACUGGGUCACAUAGAAUAUAUCGGGACAGGCAAUUUCAUGGUUCAUGGGAAACCUAAGUUCGCCAAAAAGCUAACCAUGCUGGCUGGUGGGACAGGCAUCACUCCUAUUUAUCAAGUUAUUCAAGCCGUUCUGAAGGACCCAGAGGACGACACAGAGAUGUAUGUGGUGUACGCCAACCGCACAGAGGAUGAUAUUUUGUUAAGAGACGAGCUUGAUGCUUGGGCCAAGCAACAUAGCGAGAGGUUAAAAGUGUGGUAUGUGGUUCAAGAAACUAUCAAGGAAGGGUGGCAAUAUAGUGUGGGGUUCAUCACAGAGAGUAUCCUCAGGGAGCAUGUACCCGAAGGAUCAGAUGAUACCUUGGCGUUGGCGUGCGGACCUCCACCUAUGAUCCAGUUUGCAGUGCAACCAAAUUUGGAGAAGAUGAACUAUGAUAUAAAGAAUUCCUUGCUAGUCUUCUAAACCAAGGGGAAAAAAGGAAAUUCUUAGAAUAAUCUGAGAUUGUAUAAUAAACAUAUAAUUAUCAAUAUCCCUCCUUGCCUUUUUUUUUAAGAGAAAAAGAAUAAAUCGUCUUAGGGCAUUUUCCUUUUUCUUUUUCUA